GCCUGAGGCAGUGCUGGCACCGGCGGGCUGGGCUCACUGCAGGGCUUGAGGGGCAUCUUCCCCCGCCCCCCCCGGUUGAGACGUGUGUCCCGGGCAGCCGCAGCCGGUGCCGAGGACUCGUCUGAAACUCGAGCGCAGCCCUCGCUGCCGCCGCCAUGGGGGGCAACCUGGGCUGCCACCGCUCCAUCCCCAGGGACCCCUCGGACAUCUGCCACAGCCGCAAGUUCAGCGCCGCCUGCAACUUCAGCAACAUCCUCGUGAACCAGGAGCGGCUGAACAUCAACACGGCCACAGAGGAGGAGCUGAUGACCCUCCCCGGGGUCACCAGGAUGGUGGCCCAGAACAUCGUGGAGUACCGGGAGUACAUCGGCGGCUUCAAGAAAGUGGAGGACUUGGCGCUGGUGAGCGGGGUGGGGGCGGCCAAGCUGGAGCAAGUGAAGUUCGAGAUUUGCGUGAGCAGCAAAGGAGGCUCUGCCCAGCAUUCGCCCAGCUCGCUGAGGAAGGACCCGAACCCGGAGCACCACCUCUGCGCCGCCAAAGUCAACAUUAACACGGCCACGCCGGCCCAGCUCAUGAGCAUCCGUGGCGUCACCGAGAAGAUAGCCAACAGCAUCGUCGAUUACCGCAAAGAGCACGGGCCCUUCAAAAGCAUUGAGGACCUGGUGAGGAUGGACUGCAUUAACUCCUCGUUCUUGGACAAAAUCAGGCAUCAGAUUUUCGCAGAGAGGUCCCGGCCCCCUUCCACCAAUACCAAUGGCGGCCUCAAUUUCACCGCCAAGCCUCACCCCAGCCCCACCUCUCUGAGCUUGCAGAGUGAGGACUUGGAUUUCCCACCUGGGGGCCCGACCCAGAUUAUAUCCACCCGUCCCACUGUGGAGAUGUUUGGUGGGGUGAGGGACGGCAGGCCUGUGCUGCGGGUGGCCACCUGGAACCUGCAAAGCUGCUCCACUGAAAAGGCCAACAACCCAGGUGUGCGUGAGGUUGUGUGCAUGACACUGCUGGAGAACAGCAUCAAGCUCUUGGCUGUGCAGGAGCUGACUGAUAGAGAUGCACUGGAAAAGUUUUGUAUGGAGUUGAACCAGCCAACUCUGCCAAACAUCCGCAAGUGGAAGGGCCCUAGAGGAUGCUGGAAGGGUGUUGUUUCCGAGAAGCCCUCAGGCCAGCUACAUAAGGGUGUUGAAUAUUCAGGUUUCCUCUGGGACACGACUGCUGGCAUUGAGCUAAGAGAUGCUUCGUGUCAGGAGAAUGCUCACACCAACGGCAAUGGGAAGCACAUCUAUCCUCACCAUUAUCUUGCCCAUUUCAAGGUUGGAAUGAAUGAUCUAACACUAGUUAACCUUCAUCUGGCCCUGUUACAUUCAGCUGGAGAGAACACAGGGAAGAAUCAUGAUAGCCACAGAUUAGCAACCUUUGCACAGACUCUGCAGGAAACACUGAAAGGUGAAAAAGAUGUGAUCAUCUUAGGAGAUUUUAACCAAGCCCCAGACAGCAGCGACUAUGAUCUGUUAAGAAAAGAAAAAUUCCAUCACCUAGUCCCUACAAACACAUUUACAAACAUCAGCACAAAGAACCCUCAAGGAUCUAAGUCUCUGGAUAACAUCUGGAUUAGCAGGAGCUUGAAAAAGGUUUUCACAGGUCACUGGGCUGUGGUGAGAGAAGGUCUUACAAAUCCCUGGAUCCCUGAUAACUGGUCCUGGGGUGGCGUAGCUUCAGACCAUUGCCCCAUAUUAGCCGAAUUUUACAUGGAAAAGGACUGGAACAGAAAAGACGUGACCCGAAAUGGAAAUGGGGUAACCGUCGAACGUAAUGACUCGAACACGAAACAUGAACGAUGAUGAUGUAGAGCAUGGCCCCUCUGUUCCAGUUUCUGUGGGGACAGGCAGCAGCUCCCUUUGCUUGAGCCUCAACUGUGAAGCAGAAGCAUCUUUCUCUCCUCAUUUAGAAAGCAUCCAGCGCCUGCUCUUGAUGUUCCCUCCUUUGUGCGCCUCACAGAUGAUUUUAGGGCAUCUCAUUGCAAUAGAGCAAUUUGUAACUUUUUCUGGGAACACCAUGGACAUUUCUGUGCCUGGAACUUUGGAUGAGACUCAUACAGAAAAUAAAAUGCACUUUUAAUACUGUACAGUAUCUCUGUUAAAAUGCAAUAGAAAAAAGAUGUGCUUGUAGUUGAUGUUAGCUGAUUCCUUGUAAAGUGCAGCAAUAAUGGAUCCCUCUUCCCACCAAAAGAGUGAGCAGGUAAGGAAGAGACCUUGGAAACUGUCCAUGUUCUUUUAAGUUUGGCUUAGCACUUGAGAGAACUGCUAUGAUGUGUUCUUGAUUGCUUCAGGCGAAAGGGAUUGCACUGGAUGAUUCCCAAAGUCCCUUCCAAAAAAGCAUUAGUCUCUCGCCAGUAUGUGAUCUUAACUGAGAAUUACACUGGGCUGAACCAAUGCUUUCCAUCUCCUUGUGUAAGCCCAGAGUAAGAUCUGAGAAGCACAGUUCCUUCCUAUUCUCUGGAUCCCUUCCAUUCCCCCACAGUUCUCAUGGCAGUAGGGAAUAUACUUGGCAGAGUAGCACCUUAGAAACUAAUUUGUUCAGAGAGAUGUAAGCUUUUGUAGGCUACAGACUACUUUAUCAGAUGCUAUGAAACUUCCAUAGUGUGAUACUCCAGCAACUAGGGGCUACCACCCUCUGCUUCCUCGCUCAGGAGAAAAUAUCAGGUGAGUAUCCCCUGCUCCUAGUUCUUUAACCUAAGAAAGUCUGACUGAGCAAGUCUCUCUGUGUGAUGAAGUUUCUUUCCUAUUACUGUGCCUGCUCUACAGUAAGAGGACUUCAGUCAAUAGGCUGUCAGUCCAGUGACUGCAACCAGGCCGUACCUUUGCACAUGUACAAAGUUAAAAAAAUCAUAAUUAGAGCUAAGCAGGAGAGAUAUGAAAGUAUUGCCAGCUAAAAUGAGCAAUUCAGCAUUCGUGAAAGGAAUGUGUUGAGUCUGAAAGAAUUUGAGUGAUGGCACUGCUGACUGCUCCAGGCUCCAUGGGGCAAUUUUCAUGAUUAAUGGAAAGAAAAGGCUUAUAACAGAUUGUUGUGUGAUGGAGAGAAAGGAAAUGACAACAGCUUUGUAUUCAGGAAGGUUAUAACUGAAUGCUUAAAGGCAAAAUAUGUUAAUCUACUAACAGCAUUUUCACUGUCACAAGUUUUUGAAGUACUGUACUGUCUAAACUCAAACAGCAGUAACUAAGUAGUAUCACUUACAGUCCCCUUGUUAUUUUUGCAGGGGGAAAACCCGUAUUUUAAACAGAUUUUCUUAAUUUAAAGGUUCUGGAAUGAAAUAAAACAAUUUGGACCAGAUCUGAUUCUGAUCUGCUCUUCAUCAUGGGCUAACUCCUAUGAAGUCCAUGCGAGUUAUAGCAAGAUACGUGAAAUCAGAAUCAAUCCUUGGAACAUUUGUAACAGGAUGUUCAAGAUCUUAGAAGAAUUUAUUUUCUCUCCCUCUCUUUUCUGUUUUAUUAGCUAAUGAAUACAGCUCAAGCAGAUACAACUCUUAUUACACUGUUUUUUUAAGGUUGGGAAUAAAAAAAAAUGAGCAGAUCAAAUACACCUGACUUAGACAAAUAAACUCUGAAGAGCAAAUAGAAGAUUACUUCAGGAAGUACUGUGAAGUAGUCUUGGUAUUUGUAACAGAUUCUUCCUUCACUAGCUUGGGACUUUCACUGAGAGGUUCUGCAGUGGGACUCUGCCCAAAAUGUUUGCUGCAGCAAAAGCACCUGAGUUUGGCAACAUGCAUAUAAAAUAAUGCAGUUUGUUUUCUAUCACAUUCUCCAUUCAUAAAUCCUGGUUAUAUAAACACUAUUCCCAGCCCAAAAUGAGGGGCAGCCUUACUAAUUUUUCAAGUGCCUGAAUAAGCAUUUGCAGGAUUGAGGCCGUAGAUUUCAAAAUGCUUUGCAGACAUGUGCUCUUUAACCCUGCUUUCACACAGUAGAGUGGAAGAUAGGUCUGUACUGUGGUCCAACCUGUCCAGAGUGGGCCUCUCCCCACCCACUUGCUCUCACAUGGAGAGCAGCUGUGGGGACUGUACCACGAAGAACUUCAUCAAUUCAUUUCUGGAUUUGGCAGGAGUUGGGGGUUGUGCUGAGUGUGUUCAAGAGCAGCACUCCCAAAUCACACCAGGGAGGCAUGGAGAUUUACCCCAGGCUGUGAAGGGAGUGAUCAGCAGAGCUUAUAGUGGAACCCAGCUUUGCUGGCUGUUGGUGUUGUACCCUAUCCACUGGACCGAUGGAGCUGAAUUCACCACCUUUACUCGUCUUGACUGGGUACCUCAAGAUGGAUUCCUGGGAUCCUCCAAAGAUACCUCAGCCCUUAAGGCAGGGCUCAGCAACAUUUUUGGGCAGAGGGCCAAAACCAGUUGCAACCUCAACUUGCAUUGCAGAUGAUGGGCGAGCUGCAGGGGGCCCGAUCCUUGUUGUGACAGUGCAGCCUCGGCUCCUGCCUCGCUGUCUGCCUUUGUGUGCCACACUGGCACCUGUGCUGAGGGUUGCCUACCCCUGCCUUAAGGGAUCCCAUUGAAACCAACUCGAUCACUUGCAGAAAAAUUCUCAACAUGUGAUACUUAACAUGAGUGAAGCAUGGGAGAAUCUGGUCCGCGAGGCAAGUAACUUAUAAGAACAGAUUGACACAGCCUUGUCUUAAGCCUCUCUUUCUAUUGUCCUAAUAUAAAAAUGUUUGGAGACUGACUUCAUUUUCAUUCAUGAUAAAAGUUAGGUGGGCUAGAUCCUUCAUUGGUGUUAAUUGAUGUAACCACAUUAAAGUGAGUUGAGGUAUAAGGGUUUAUACCAGGGAAAUACCUAGCUCAGCUUGCUGGUGGCAGCCUUUAAACUGCUGCAGCCCAGUCUGAAAUAGUGCCUGAGAAUAUGGAUUUGUGGGAGUUUCCUGUAAGCACAGGGUGCAGAGGCUGCUAGCAGAACAGACUAACUUUAGCUCAAACAGCCCCUUCUGCUGCACAGGUGUUCAGGGGAAGAUUAAUAAGGCAGGGCUGAAGACUGCAAGCUAAUCGGUGUCUCCAGGAGAAGGCAGGAAAUCCCAGUGGAGCAGCUGUUUGGCAAACAGAAAAAUGAGAUGCCUUGGAUUGAGAAAGACCCUCAGUCUUCAGGGUGAAGGUAAUGACUCAGAUAUUUCUGAUUCCCAGCCACAAGCAGAUAGUGAAAAUUACCCCUAUGGGAAGGACCAGCAUAAAGCGUUAGGACUUGUCUAGACUGAAACAGAGCAGAAGCCUUUGGGGUUGGCCUCUGCACAAGGGCAAAUCUUGCUUAGGAGGAAUUUGCUUUCUUUGUUGUGUAUCCUCUUGGAGGUGGAUGGUGAUGAUACAAGCACCUCUUGUUUGGGGGGCGGAGGGGUAGGGGGUCCUGGAAAUUUUGCCCUAGAGCCUGCUGGAUCACACUGUCUACUCUCACACCCUUUCUCUCUCAGUUGUUUCUCGUAUCACUGGGCCAAAUCAAUAGCUGGCCUUGCAAAUUCAGCCUACUGUUUUGGACUUGAUCUCUACUCUGCCUGUUUUACUCAUCUUCGCCAACAUCCAAGAUUAAGGAAGCAAAUCUUAGUUGGCUACCUAAGGUGGAAGGGAAAAUAACACUCCUUUCCAUGGCUCUAUUGGCUUUGCAGUGCAGACACCACAAAAACUUGGUUCUAUCUAUGAACCCUAAGCCAAUAUAAAUGACAUUUUUGGUAAAGCCCCUGCAUGUGAACAUUUUUUGAGCUACAAACUUGGAUCAUUAUCUGGGUUUCAAGCAUCCCUCUCCUAUCCCUGACCCUCUUGGAGUUGAAGGAUAUUUGAUCUGUUUCCAGACAUAUUGUAAUUUAGUGUCAGGAAGGAGCAUGACUGCCAAGUGCAGGGCACUGAAGUUCUCUGAGAAUAGGUAAAGCAUGGCUAGGAGGAGUACAAAUUCUCCCACAGUACUGAAGAGCUUUUUUCCUGGCAAUGUUGCCUGUUAUCUGUCACCCUGGUUAUCUGUUACAUCCCCCCAUUAAACCUCUAGGAAAAGAACAUUAAAGUUGCAAAGUCAAACACACAAAAAAUAAGGGAAAUAAAGGGAGAGAGAUCAUGUUUUUUAAAAUACAUUUCAAAAUGUAAAUACAUGAGGGGCAACUGUUGAACAGGCAACUUGAUUGGAAAAUUCCUGCCUUUGGAGUACUUGACUUAUCAAAUUUUUUUGGGGGGGUGCGCGUGCUCGCAUGCGAACAACUUCUUAGAGUUUUAAGACACAAAUUGAAAAGGCAGAAGUUCAUUCACAUGGAACCGUAGACUGUAAAAUGGGUCUUCUCCAUGAGUUUCUUUCACCUGUACCUUUUGAACCAGUAGCUCUUUUACCCCCUUGAUGGGCAGAAUUGUUUCAGUAGCAAGCAGUUGUCCCCACAUGCUGGAGGCAGAGGUGUUUAGAGUAGCUGCUGGGGUGAGCCCAGAAUGGUUACAGCACCUCACUUUAACAUUCAGCUUAUGCUGGUGGGCAUGGGAGCAAGAGGUGGGUGGUAGGUGAGACAUGCUGGAGAGUGUUUCUCCCUGAAUUCUUCCAGACCAGUGUAGACAAACCCGAAAGGAGUGUAAGACAACCUCUUUGCUGUCCCUGUUCCUAUUUCACAGCAAGUGGAAACUGAACCAGAGCAGCUCACCUCUUAGUGAAACAGGACCAAGUUACCAUGGUUUAUCUUCUACUUACCACAGUGGAAUAGAAGCUAAUACACAAAGCAGUUCUGUUGACCUAUGGCAGAUUUCCCUCCCCCUGCUAAAUUUGAUAUAACUUGUUCAUCUGUCCCUACCCCAACAUGUCUGUGAGGUUCUGUAAGCUGUAGACCCUUCUGCCCUUGUACAUCAUACUCCCUAAUUCUGUCCUGCAUAGUAGAAGGUCUCUGCUCUCAGUGUUGGUGUUUGGCAGCCAAGAGACAUAACUCUAGGAAAAGUCCAGCUUCACAGGCACUGUCAUAGGUGAAAUAAAUUCAGUGGAGAUGGAAGUUUUAGAGAAUUGGGCUGCUACCCCCAUGUCACAUGCAAGCUGGAUCUUUACAGUGUCAGAGUAAGACCUGGCUGAGCAUCGGGCUGCCCUCUGCCAAAUUUCAGAACAUGGAGGAGCUAGAACUUUUUAAUAAAACUAUUUAAGAAUCUAAAAGUGGCAGAAUAGGAGGAAAACUCUACCGAUCUUGGUCUUAGAACUAGCCAACCUGGUUUUGCUGACACUUUAAAUGAGCCUGAAGCAGGAAGAUGGCAUGGAAAGUUUCAGCCUGGAAAGAAUGAAGUUUGACUAAGUUCUAAGGAACUGAAAACAAUGAAAAGUGCUAGAUAACCUUAGGAUGGGUUUUGCAACCAGGCACACCCUUUAUAAAUAUAGGAAUUGCUGCCAGUUCUGCCUACAUGGCAGAGCUAAGAGGAUGUGCUUUGGGGUCAGGGCCAUGUUAUGUAGGCAUCACACAGGCACAGCACCCUCCAUAAAGGACCCUCCCUUCUCCCCACCCCCAAAAGGAUGAUCUCUUCCCAGGAGAACUUCCUUAUUUGAUUAUGAGGCAGGAAAAAAGCGGUGUGGGCAGUCUGAUCUGCAUGUAGCUGAUGUGGAGGUAAAAGGCCCUGCUAUGCUUGUGUUAGAGUCCAGUAGUUAGAGACUUACUCCUGAAUAACUGCAAGAAAAAUGUAUCUCACUGGGCGCGUCUACACAAGGCGCUACGUUGCUGUAGUGUUGGCAGGCACUAGCAGUGAUGCCGCCACUACUGCACAGUAGCAACGAGCUCCUUGCUGUGGUGCAGUAGGGUCAAAAAUGAUCUGUGUGCUGCCAGGACUGUGCAGUACCAAUGGGUACUGUCCAGUCCUGGGCAUGGGUAGAUGCACCCACUGUGUCACUUUCCUGUCUCCUGAGCUCCCCUGUCAUCUCAUCCUCUUAGGCCAUAGCCUCAGUGUCUUCCAAAGACAUCUGUUUUUAGCAGUGAGAAAUUAUAGUCUUGUAAAAAAAAAAUAAAAAUGCAGUGCACCCAGAUUUGGAUUCCAACCUCCCACAAAUGCCAUGUGGAGAGUUAACAGGGACAGCAUCAGCCCCUGUAAGCCUUUCCCUAUAGGCAAGUCUAGUGCCACUUCCUCCUCCAGACCUUGUAUUCUGCUAACAGGCAGGAGCUUCCUUGGGAUUAGAGAGCCUGGUGCCUCUGCUUUAAUUUUCCUUCCUUUGAGUGUUCUUGGUUAUCAGACCAUCAUUGUGAAUUAAAUGAAAUAUUGCCUUGACAGCUCCAUACCCUGGCUUGGUCUCCAUUUUGAGAACCUCUUGGCCCCUCUAACCUGAAGAGUUGUGACUUGCUUCCUCGGUUGUUCCACACUUGGUUCUUUUACCAGGAGGUUUCUUCACACGGAAGGGAGCUCUUCGCUUUGCCCGUUACUCUGGGAGAUGCUCCCCACAGCAGGCAUCAACAAGGUGCUGGCACCAAACAACCUCUGCACUAACACAUUCUGCUUUGUGUUAAGGAGUAAACAGAACCCCUAAGCAGGUUUGCUCUUCCCCUGCUUCUUCGUUCCACAGCAAUCCAUGCAGAUGACAAUGGGUCUGCUUGCAGCUGCAUGUUCAGCUUCAUUUUAAGAACUGUGCACUGAAGUGAGAUUCCCUUUCUGCCAUUCCCCCUGAUGUGCUGCACAGUGUUUCAUUGAGCUCCCUCCCUCACCGAGUCGGAGUCCUCAAACUGGUCCUUUCCUCAUUGCCUGCCAAAUAACACAGUGCGAGACCCACCCUAACCUCUGGGUCAUACUAUCAACCUUUGCCAGCACUCACUCAGCCUACUGGCACCCACACCUUUCCUCACCACGCAGGAACCCAGGGUGAGUCCCAAACUAUGGCAGUGCCAAGGCUGCCAGUUCUCACAAGACAGACUUUUGAUGGCAGUCUUGUGAACUCUGCUCUUACAACUGCUGCCUCUAGCUCGAUUAGGUGAGGACUCCAUCCUGACCAUGGAGGAAGAGGGGAAUGAGGAAUGGGCAUAAGGUUGUGGGUACUUGUUCCAGCUGGAAGGCAACCAAGGGAUUUGAGGAAUGUGCUAGGCAGAAGCUCUGCAGCGCUGCUGAGAGUGACGGUGGCUUUCGGACUGGUGUCAGAUCCCUUAUUCUAACAAUGUUCUUUGUUCAGUUUUAGAGGAAAGUGACUUUCUGUGCUUCUUAUUUUCAUGAGAGUGGGGAACCAGAGGAGGAGACUAGAAGAACAGGGGGAAUGUGGGCUAGGGACACUUGCAGUGGUUGGAAAUGUCUGGAGAGCAAAAAUAAAUAAAUACAUAAACUGAGUAAACUGAGUGCUAGAAAUGAGCCAGGGGGCGGGAAGAGCGACUGAGUGGGACUAGGGGCCAGGGAAAUGAGGUAGGGAGGAAGGAUACAUGUACAGUAAUACAAAGUCUACAUGUGGAGACAGAGGAAGUGAAGAUAAAGAACAUAACAGAAGAUAAGGGUGGGGGGGGAAGAAAGAUGGUCUGUGAGUUAGUGAGAAGCAGUGUGCGCCAUUGCAGUCAUUGUUUAAUAUGUCCAUUGAAAAUUGCAUGGACCCCAGGGUUGAAAAAGCUGUUUCUAAAAGCUCCAAAGAUCUGUCUGGCCUGAUCCUGCUUAAUUUGAGAGCUUUGACAUUAUUUUCUGUGUUUCUCACUUCAUGCUAUAGGCCCUUGACUGGGAUUAUUUCAGUGAUGGUUUUUCACUCAUUGGCUGGUGCCAGGAACAAUUGUAUUUUUAUCCUAAACGCUUUGAACAGCCUUCAUGUCUCUUUGACAUUUGGGACAAAGGGUAAAAAGGAAAGAGCCUCGUGCAGACACUUUGUGGUUAUUGAAGCUGACCUUUUCAAAGUCCUUGUUAUGUUACCAGCUAUUUCGGUUCUCUGGUUUUAUUUCCUUGUGGUUAAAAAAUGGAGAAACUACUUUUAACACGGGACACAAUGUCAAUAAGAAAUAAGUUUAGCUAACUUCAUUGCAAAGUGCAAAACUGUGCCUUCACUGUUAAUACUAAUUACCUCCUUUAAAUAUUAAUAUAUAAUAAAUACAAACAAAUGGCAAAAAAAAUAAAUAUUCAGUCUUCUGCUGCUCUUAAUUUAAUAUGGCUUGUUAUGAAUUAUGAAGAGUCCAUAAUUAUAUUAGAUAGAAAUGUCUAGUGAACCUAAAAUACUAAUGGAUCCUUGUCUACCUACAUUAGUCCUUUGUAUGUUAUUCUAAAGGGAGGCUAUCUAACUAGAGAGAGAGAUUCCCCCCAGUAAUUUCAUCUUAAUAAAAUUAAAUUAAAAAAAAAUCUUUUAAACUGUUUUUGCCAUUUGUUUACUUUUUGCAUUUUUCUCUGCCUGGGCAAUCAAUGUAUUAGAUUCACCUACAUUUAGAUUUAUCUCUAGUCAGUCUUCCUUUCUGAUUCCUAAUGCUGCUGUUUUAGUUGAAAGCCCUGAAGGGAUUUUCUAAUCUAGAUAAAUCCUGUUUAUUUUGUUUACAUAUUCCUAUGAGCAACACGCUUUGUAAAUCCUUGUUCCUCACUGCUCCCAAACCCAUAUUUGAUGAUGAUGUCCCUUAAAGUAUCUUUUGUAAGAGAUGGACUGAUUUGUGAUGUGAUCUUCUUGAAUACAGUGUCAUGCCAAAUGUGUGGCAAUGGAUAUUUACUGUAUUUAUGUUAUAAUAUAUGAUGUCCACUCACUAUUUAUUUUAUAAUAGUUUAUGGAUUUUCUU